AUGCUUAUUGGCGCGAGACCGUCUCUGGACCAGACACACACUGGCUCAGGAGGUGUGUUUCAAGCCUCAUCAGUCCCGCUGGUAGGCUCUGCUGGAAUCAGCGGCUAUACAAUUGCCAAUCCUGCUAUCUGGUUUGAAUUUCUCGGCAGUGACCCCGACUUCAGCACCGAAGACAACAAGGCUUACGUCGCCAUGUCUACCACACAUCUCACCAUUAACAAGGAUACCUACAGCCAUAUUUAUUCUACCAAUGUCACUAGAUUGACCCAGCCCGUUCCCAGGGGGAAACUCGAUCUCACUUGCAACAUUGGCAGCGCUGAUGAUUGUGUUGCCACCUUCACGCUGACCUUUAAUGGGGGCACUGUUGUUACUGGUGAGGCUCUCGGAUCUGACGUACUUGAGGAGAAGUAG